AUGGAUGUGCACAUUUCCAGGAACGACACAAACGUGCAGGCUGAGACCAACACUGAUCUGGCGUUUCUCCUAUUCAACUGCACGGUCUUGACUCUGACUCUCGUCCUGGGUUUACCCGGGAAUGUGUGGGUGUGUUGGAUCGUGUUCCGAACCAAGAGUCUCCAGACGAGCAGCAACGCGCUUCUGGUCAGCUUGGCUGCCAGUGACCUCCUCAAGUGCUCUGUUGACACGCCGCUCUUGCUUGCCUCCUUCCUGCGCUCUGGAGAGGGUAGCCGCGUGCCGGUGGCUGUGUGCGCCCUGCAGCAGUUCACCUGGGCCCUGUGUUGCUGUGUGCAGCUGCUGACGCUGGUCAGCAUCAGCGUGGAGCGCUACCAAGCCAUCGCAUUCCCUUUCCAAACUGAGCGCAGGAAGGCCAGGGUUCGCUUCUGGAUCUUGUCCAUCUGGGCAUGCGGCCUCAUCCUGGCUGGAGUCUCCCUGACUCUCUCCAAACAAUCCCUUUUCUAUGCACUCUGCCAGCCGCCUAUCGCUCACGACGAUGGCCAUCCUUGUUAUUCGGAUCCGUUUGUACCCUACGUUUUGGCACCUCUAUGGGGAAUGUCGCUGACUGUCAUCGUCAUUCACUACGGGAGGAUAAUCAAAAUUGUGAGGCAGCACCGGAAGAAAUUGUUCAGUCGUGGAAUUCGAGUGAUGCCAACGGUGUCAGAGCACGUCUGGAGCUGGCUGACUGACCCAGCUUCAGGACCACGGUCAGUUCCGCCGGCCUCCUGCAAGCCGAUGGUCGCACGCCGGUCGACGCACCAGGUAGCUGGUGAGCCCUGGUCCGAUACUUCCGCUGGACGAGCACAGGGGGCGCCCCCGGACAUCGUGGGAGCGGUGUGCCUUCUGACGCCUGGGGUCAGGGAAAGGGGGAAGAAACAGGUGGAGGGCAAACUGGCCAAACGCUUUGGGUACAUUAUAAUCGCUUUCACGCUUUUUUGGCUUCCCAUGGUGGUCAUUUUGCUAUUGAACAACCUCAUCACAUGGCCGGACACUGACAAACUGCUGUUGGAGUUGGAGACAUCUGCCAUGGUGCUGACCUGUGUGCAAGCUGCAGUAGAUCCACUCAUCUACACGUUAGUCACCAGACAGUUCCGCUAUGAACUCAGGAAGAUCUUCAUGUCUUUUCCAAAGUGUCCACUGAAACUGGGAUCCUGA